GGAUAUUUUUUCUCUUAUCUUUUUGCUCCAGCGUUGACAUCAGUGAGUACACAGUGGCUUCUUCAAGCUAACUGCUAGUAAGAUAUAAAAAUACACAAACUUCCCAGAACCGAUGGAGGACCAAAACCCUUUUCAGGACCCUGCAGUGACUCAACACAACAGCAACAUAGGAUAUACCACACUGGACCUUUACAACCUGGUUCAUAAUACAACUGACCCUCCUCCACCAUAUGAAGCCAUUCCUCCAUCUGCACCUGUGCAGACCCCAAAGGGCAUGACAACGCCUAUGGAGUCUCACAUAUAUGGCUCCUACAACUCCCAGCCCGGGAGAAUAACUGCCCCCUCCCCGCCUUCCUUCAGCUCUGUGGGUCCCUGUUUCUAUCAGGACAUCAAUGUGGAGAUCAUCCAGCAGUUCCAGCGCACGGUCACCAUUAUGUACUACUUCUGGUUGUUUUGCACAGGCACACUGUUUUUCAACCUGAUCACUUCCCUGGUCCUGUUCUGCAUCACCUUGUCCAGUGAUGCUCGCUCUGGUCUGUACCUCGCCGUGCUGUGGGUCGGACUUUUCACUCCCUGCUCCUUUUUCUGCUGGUAUCGACCUGUGUGCAAAGCCUUCAGGAAUGACAGCUCCUUCAACUUCUUUGCCUUCUUCUUCAUUUUCUUUGCCCAAGUGGUUGUCUUUGUCAUCAUGACCAUCGGCAUCCCUGGCUGGGGGUUCAGUGGUUGGAUUGUGAGCCUUUCAGCUCUGAGCUACAGCCUCAUUGCCGGUGCGAUCAUGAUGAUCAAUGCCACUCUCUUUACUGCAGAAACCGUUAUGGGGGUCGUCAUGCUGAAAAGGAUCCACAAUCUGUACAAGCAAACCGAUGGCAGCUUUCAGAAGGCCCAGGCUGAGUUGGCCACUGCAGUCAUGUCCAAUCAUGCUGUACGCCAGGCUGUAAACCAGGCUGUACACCAGGCUGUAAACCAGGCUGUAAACCAGGCUAUUGCCAGCGCCUCUGCCAGUGUUGCCCAGGGGGCCUCCACCGCUCCUUGAUAGAGCCGGCAAGAACAGCGGACAUUGUCUCCCCCCCCCCCCGUCUAUCGCUACUCAGGUUGAACAUGACAUAUAUGUCACUUAGAUAACUUAGAAAUGUUCAUGUAUGGUUUAUCUUAGUGUUUGGCUGAGAUUAAAGUUAAGCUUCAUAACUGAACCAUUUUAUUUCAUUUUAGAGUCUUACUUGGAGAGCUGUCAGUAUAUUUUAAACUGAAUAUUUCACCUGUCAUAUCCCCUGAUGUAAUAUGUGCUGUUCUUACAUUAAAAAUAUUUAAAUUCAGGAGGAAACAUUUUCACAGGGAGCAAAAGCAGCAUGUUAAUACAUGGAGAUCCUGAAGCCUGCUCCAAAAAUGAUCAGAUUAUAUUUUAAACAUUUGUUCAACUCUCUUCCAAACCCCAGCAGCUGUCUGUUGCAAGUUUUGAGUGUAUACUAAAAUAAAAAUAAAAGAGUUCUAAC